GGGCGAUAUAAUUAGCCGCACAAAACUGCUGUUGAUAUUUUGAUGGGAUUUGUUUUGGAUAAACUUGAUAAAUAGAGAAUUAAGAUUUUGGACUUGCUUGUCAAUGAACUAUCUUUUUAAUUGUCUAUAUGAAGAGCAUGGUAGACUUAUACUGAGGAAACAUAUGGAGAGAGAUGAAACAAGAAAUUAAUACACAUGGCAGUUUUCUUUGAGGAUGUGUGCUGAUAAAAUCUAAAGAACAUGGUGUUAAUAUUAUUUCGUUCACAACAUUAAAAGUGUUUGCAAUGGAGCUGAAUGCAAGUGGUACCAGCUACCAUAAGAACGAAGGAUCCUCAGUCAGCAAGCCACGGACAAACGGACGAUCCCAGAAACCAACGAGAGAAGAAGAGUUGAGAAGGCAGAUAACACGUCUGAUGAACAAAGAGAAAAAAGACGGUCGUAGAAAUGAAGCAAACGACAAUGAUAUUGAUACAAAUACGGCUUCCAAUAAACAUUCGGCUUCCACAGAAUUGGCAUUUGUUAUAAAAAAAUCAACCAAUGAGCUUUCAGAACCAGAAAGGACUGCUCCAGAUUUAAAUGAGGAUGAUAUAUUGUCGCAAGAAAAUGAGAAUGAUGAUGAUGAUGUACUUGAACAUAUUGAAGCAAAUAAUACCAUUACACCUUUUGCUGCUCCUCUGUCUCCAAUCAUCGAAGAAGGUACAACAAUUUCCAAUGCUGUCAUAGUGAAGUCUUCUUCGUUGCGUAAGCAGCGCAGCAAAGGGAAGCGUGCUGCAAAGGAUAAUUAUACAAGAUAUCUUGCCUUAGAGGAUGACAUCAUUGGUGAAUCAAAUGAUCACGAUGAUGCUGAGGGCACCGUGACAGAGAAAGAAACGAAGUCUUCCACAGGGAGUAAUACACCGCCAUCUAAGUUUGUUCCAUCUUCUUCUUCCACACCUAAAGUGUCAUUAAAAAACACCCCAAACCAGCCUUCCAGAAACCUUCCAUCAGACGUUAGAAAUGAUGCGGCCAAUACACUGGAGCUUACGGCACUGGCACAAAAAUAUGAGAAACGAAUCAGGGUUUUAGAAGCUGAUAAACAGUCAUUGACUAUCAAGAAUGAGAAAAUGGAGACAUUACACAAACCAUUAGAGGAGAAAGUAGUUAAGUUAAAGAAACGAAACACAGAACUGGCGUCUAUUGCUAAACGGCUUGAGGAGAAAGCUAAAGAGUUGCAGAGAAAUAGCGGUAAAUCGGUAUAAUGACAUCAUAGGCUCUUCCAGAAGGCAUCACUAUGAUUGCUUUCAUCGAAAAUGUUCAUUCAUUCGUUCAGUAUUUAUUGUCAUUGUAUAACAUAAUGAAAUACAGUGAAAUUGAGUUGGCUCAUGCAAAGCAAGUGAGAAAAGUGAGAUAGAAAAACAUGACCUAAAAUAAACCUACAAACUAUCAUUGAGUGCCCUAGUGGCAGAAGGAUAAAAAGAAGAUCUGGAUCCAGUGUUUCAAUUAUAUUGUAAAAUGUUCGCAUUCCAGUCAGCGCCACAAAACUUGGCUGGGCAGUACCGGGAAGACUAAAAUAAUAAUUAAUGACCUUCAACGUUUCAUAAAUAAUAAGCGAUUUAUAAGUGAUCAUGUGUUGGGUGAAACAUGAUCUUGUAUUAUAGUCUCAUCUAAGAUGUGGUUGUAACGAAAAUACAUCGAAAUAACUAUACCAUUCUGUGUGCUACCUUAUGUUAAAUUUGUAUUAAUAUUAUGUUAA